AUGGUUCGAAAAAUUAUUGCUGCACUCAUCUUGUUGGCCAUGCUUUCCACACUCAACGCUAUGCCAAACACAAUAGUUGAAAAAGAGCUUGUCUGGAAGAAAUGUAACGAUAAACUUCCAAUGCCUAACGUACAAUCAAAUGUGCCUAUACCUGGUAAAAAUGUAACCGUUACCAUUUCAGGAGAAGUUCCAGACAAAUCUGCGCAAUAUAAAUGGAGUUUUAGUUAUAUCAACCUUAAAGGAGAAUUCAUUACCUAUUCCUACAAGGGUGCUACCGUUUCUCUUUGUCAGGAUUCGACGCACUAUACCGUUACAGGAACCGCCAAAGUAUCGGAUAAGGUGGCGGCAUACGAACGAUAUAAUUUCGUCAUUAGAGUUCGGAGCGAAGCAGAUGAGAAGCAUGAAAAACCAACGUAUGUGGCCUGUGCCACAGCUUUAGUCGUCCAAAAAACAUUGCCGCCUAAUUAA